CUUGAGCUUAAAUGCAUCCGCAAUGAGAGUGCUUACAUCAGAAAUGAAAUCACAGAUUUUCUCAUUAAGCAUAACAUAACUCACUACACUACUGAAGACCAUAACCAUAACAUACUCGGUAUCAUAAACCGCUUCAUAAGGACACUAAGAGAUUUAAAUCAAGAGCGAGACUUUACCGAAGAAACAAUGAAACAUUUUCUCGAAGUAUAUAAUUCCUCAACGCAUUCUACAACAGGACAUACACCAAAUUCAAUGACACAACAACAAGAAGAAAAGUAUAUACAAAAGAAACGAAGUCAAACACAAAAUAUCAGAAAUUCAACACAAUUUACCCUCAUUCCUGGUACAAAAGUUCGUGUAGUUCUUGACGACAAACUGUUGACAAAGAAACGUUUAAGGUUAAGUAGAAACUAUUAUAUAGUAGAUUCAACGCAAGGUAAUGGAUAUCUUAUAAAAGCUGCUGACGACUCUAUUGCGUUUUAUCCUUGA